AUGGCUCCAAAAGUUGCAAUUAUUAUUUACUCAUUAUACCACCACAUUGCCCAAUUAGCUGAAGAAGAAAAGAAAGGUAUUGAAGCUGCUGGUGGUGUUGCUGACAUCUACCAAGUUCCAGAAACCUUAUCUGACGAAGUUUUGAAAUUAUUACAUGCCCCAGCUAAACCAAACUACCCAAUUGCUACCAAUGAUACUUUAACUGGUUAUGAUGCUUACUUGUUCGGUAUUCCAACUAGAUUUGGUAACUACCCAGCCCAAUUCAAGGCCUUCUGGGAUGCCACUGGUGGUUUGUGGGCUCAAGGUUCCUUGGCUGGUAAACAAGCUGGUAUCUUUGUUUCUACCAGUGGUCAAGGUGGUGGUCAAGAAACCACUGCUGUCAACGCUUUAUCUGUCUUGGUCCAUCAUGGUAUCAUCUUCGUUCCAUUGGGUUACGCUAAGGCUUUCCCAUUACAAACCAACUUGGAAGAAAUCCACGGUGGUUCUCCAUACGGUGCUGGUACUUUUGCUGGUGUUGACGGUUCCAGACAACCAACUAAAUUGGAAAAAGAAAUUGCUUUCAUCCAAGGUAAAUCUUUCUACGAAACCAUUUCCAAAUAA